AGAGAGUCGGUCCAAAUGUCUCACUCAAACCGUUCGCAGUGGAACUUUGGAAAUGCAGUCCCGGCCGGAGAAACACACAAGUCGGAAAAAGAAGAAAAAGAGAGAAAGAUCGAAUGGAAUGAAUUGGCUAACCCAACCACACAUCCCCACAAUAGUAGAGAGGGGACCAAAGGGCAGGAGGAAAGAAGAAAUGAAAAACAUUUUGAUGAUGACGAAAUCUUAGUUAGUGUAAAUUUAGUUGGUUAUCUACUAAAACUAAAUCGAUUGGAAGCGCGACGCUUGGACAUUUUACAUUUUGCAUUUGACAUUUCAUGGUCCGUAUGGGUUCUAUACGUCACAUCAACCGAGCGCUUGGUCGCUCCAGUUGGGUGGUCCGUGAUGCAGGGUAGAUUGGAUGGGUUAGUCGGUCAUGCAUGUUGGUACCUACAGACUGGUUCAUACCACCCCGAAAGUGGAUGGCGUAACUCUCUCAGCCGCUCAUUCCUGGCGCUUAAAGCUCGCGUGUUACCUCAACCAUGUGGCCGGCUACCCACCUCGAACGGCUCCCAUCUCGGCCACAUGCGGAAUCCUAGCAGGAUCAAUAAAAGUGCCACAGCACGUGGAGUUUAUGACCCGAUCGCCGGAUCCUGGCUAGCCUGGCAGUCAAAAGGGUGUUUGAAAGUAGUAAUUGUAAUUGAGAGCCUCCCUGAUGCUGGUGAUGGGAUGCAGGCGUAUCGCCGGGUGCUCCCCAACGGGGAGCAGCUGCGUGGUCCCCAGCCAGGAGGGAGCAAAUCCCCCAACGACAGCUGGCUGCGGCGACUCAUUUCAGCAAAUAUUGCUCAUUUGCUCAGCCAUUCUCCCCAUAAGGAGGACGGGAAUUUGGCAAGGUGGAUCAAUGGCAGUGCCUUCGAGGAGGAUUUGUUCGGUUACUCGAGCGUCUGGCGAGCGGGCGGUUAAUCCAAUUUACAUCCACUGCCUC